GUUCAAUUUAAAUUAUGAAUGUGCUAAUGUCACUGUUUGUUUACUCUAUAGCACAGGGGACGUGCAGCACCAAAGUGUUGCGCAAUCCGUCAGCGCACACUUGAGAAGUGGAGUAGUGAGGACAAUAUGAUGAUUCAUGGCAUAGACAUUAAUCCGCCUGUAGAAAAAGGUGCAGCACACUGAAUCACAUGUAAAUCUCUGCGUUGACAGAGAGCGAGAGAGAGAGAAAGAGGGAGAGAGGGGCCUCACCGUCUCCUCCCAGCCGUCACUAAGUCACGCAAGUCACGUGCCCCAACAAAAGUUUGUCCAGAUGCAUUAUGGGGUGGCUUCACUCUCUGUUCUGUUGGAUUAAUGAGGCUGUGUUCCCUACCUGGUCAGCUGGGAAGCGACUCCAAUUUGCUGCUCGCGGAGGCUAAUGAUGGCUGUGCAGGCCCCGUCUGCUAGUGUGGCUGGCUCUGUCUGUGGCUCUGACCGUGGCAUGGCCCAUUCCACGCCGAGCAUAUGGAGCGGUUGGAGGGGAGGAACGACCUUGCUUGUGAGCAGACCCUCGGCCAGUGUGUACCAGUGUUUGAAGCCUCGCCGCAUGGGACCAGGUGUCAUGGGAGGCUGCCUCUGACAGGAGAGGCCAUUGCUCUGGGCAUCACCGCCAUCAUCCAGCGCACCAGAGGAGGAACUCCAGGGGACUGUUUACUCCGACACCACACGCCUCGCCUGCGCUGGGACUGCUCACCGCCCCCCUUACCGGAAAAAAACAGGGGGAAGGGAGAAAAAUAAACCUGACGGAAAGAGAGAGGGGAAAAAAAAGACUGAGCAAAGAAAGAAAAAGAAAGAGGGGCCUUCAUGAGUCCAAAAAGGUCCUGAAUCGUCCCCGAGCAGCACACACUGUACACUCUUUCUUUCUCAGACUUCCUCCCAUCCCCAGCGCUUGUCCUGCGGAGCCAUGCGGAUGUUCCGAGCCAUGAGCCCUCUGCUGGUCUCGGCCUCCCUGCUACUCCUGGCGGCCUGCUUCCCGGCCAGGGCCUCCGAGGAUGAUGUCACCCCGCGCCUCAGCUUCACUUACGAUGCAAAAGAGAGGUCAGCCAAGAGAUUUUCUGCCGAUGGUGUCCACAAUUACACCUCGCUCCUCCUCAGCAAGGAAGAUAACAUGCUGUACAUCGGAGCGAGAGAGGCUCUCUUCGCUCUCAACCUCAGCGAUAUCAGUGUGCCUGCGCUGCAACGCAACUUAACAUGGAACACUCCUGACAGAAAAAGGGACGAAUGCAGUUUCAAAGGGAAAGACUUGAAGACUGAUUGCUUCAAUUACAUCAAGAUUCUGCUGCGCGUGAAUGCCACCCAUCUCUAUGUGUGUGGGACCUACGCCUUCAGUCCCAUCUGCGCAUACAUUAAUACAGACCAUUUCAUGCUGGUGAGGAGCCGGACAGGGGAGAUUAUGACAGAGGAUGGACGUAGCCGCUGCCCCUUCAACCCUGAGUACAAGUCUACCGCCAUCAUGGCAGAUGGUGAACUGUACGCUGGCACCGUCAGUAAUUUCCAAGGCAACGAGCCCGUCAUUUACAAGAGCCUUGGCCACGGCUCCGCAUUGAAAACUGAAAACUCAUUGAACUGGCUUCAAGACCCAGCCUUUGUGGGCUCCGCCUACAUCCAGGAGAGCCUGCCCCCGGGCAACCCAGUGGGCGACGACGACAAGAUCUACUUCUUCUUCAGCGAAGCGGGGAAGGAGUUUGAUUUCUUUGACAACACCAUUGUGUCGCGCAUCGCUCGUGUGUGUAAGGGAGAUAAAGGCGGAGAGCGAGUGUUGCAGAAGAAGUGGACCACUUUCCUGAAGGCCCAGCUGCUUUGCUCGCUACCAGACGAUGGCUUCCCCUUCAACAUCAUCCAGGACAUGUUUGUGCUGACCCCCAGCAAGGAGGACUGGAAGAGCACCAUGUUCUACGGCGUCUUCACUUCACAGUGGUACAAGGGUGCAUCUGGAAGCUCAGCUGUGUGUGCCUUCACCAUGGAACAGGUGGAGAGGGCGUUUAACGGGCGCUACCGCGAGGUGAACCGCGAGACACAGCAGUGGUACACCUACAACCACCAGGUCCCUGAGCCUCGCCCUGGCGCGUGCAUCACCAACGCGGCUCGCGGCAUGGGUAUCUCCACCUCUCUACACAUGCCCGACAAGGUGCUGAACUUUGUCAAGGACCACUUCCUGAUGGACAACGUGAUCCGCAGCCAACCCCUCCUACUCAAGCGCAACGUGCGCUACACACAGAUCGCUGUCCACCAGGUGCAGUCGAUCCGCAAAGCCUACGAUGUGCUCUUCAUCGGCACAGAUGACGGUAGGCUCCACAAGGCCAUCAAUGUGCAGGGCAAGAUGCACAUCAUCGAGGAGAUGGUCCUGUUCCAUACACCUCAGCCUGUGCAGCACAUCGAACUUGAUAUAGAAAAGGGUCUGCUCUAUGUGUCCUCCUUCUCCGGGCUGGCGGAGGUCCCUGUGGCCAACUGCUCGAACUACCCGAGCUGCGGGGAGUGCGUCCUCUCUAGGGACCCCUACUGCGCCUGGACAGGGAGACAGUGUAUGGACGUCAGACUGGCGCCCCCUGGGAGCAAAUGGCAGCAGGACGUGGAUAAUGCAGACACCACUGUCUCCUGUAACAAGACAACACCCAGCACGCGGUCUCCAAAGCCCUCGUCCACUCGUUCGUCCUCGUGCCAGCUGAUCGUCAUGCCCGCCAACACCUUCAGGGUGCUCCCGUGCAAGCUUCGCUCCAACCUGGCCGAGAGGCAAUGGGAGUACAGCGCGGACGCCGGCCAGUUCCUCUACCCGAGCCCGGACGGCGGCUUGGUGGUGGUGGCCCACGGCGACCGGCAGGAGACCUACGAGUGCUGGUCGGUGGAGGAGGGCUUCCGGCAGCUGCUGGCCAACUACUGCGUGCGGGCAGAGGCAAUGCGUCAGGAGAGCACCACGCUGUUCGGCCGCUCGCGCACGCCGCUGGCGCCCCGCGAGGAGCCCAUCGCGCUGCCGGGCGAGGCGCGCUCUCCCCAGCUGGAGACCAAGACGUACUGGAACGAGCUGAUCGUGGUGUGCGCGCUGCUGGCCUUCUCGCUGGUGGCCUUCUCGCUGUUCGUCGUCUACCGCAACCGCGGGCGCAUGAAGUCCAUGCUGAAGGAGGGCGAGUGCCCCAACAUGCCGCAGAAGAAGCCGCGGCUGGCGGGCGGAAAGCCGCCGCACGAGAGCCUGCCGCUGAACGGCAACACGGCCGUGCCGCCGUCCGUCUCUGACCACAAGGGCUACCAGACACUCAACGACAACUACUUCUGCAGCACGCCCACGCACGACCAGUGCUCCUCGCCCGAGAACAGCAAGAGCUUCUCUGAGUCAGAGAAGAGGCCACUGAACCUGAAGGAGAGCCACGUGGAGAUCUCACCCACGUGUCCGAGGCCUCGAGUCCGCCUGGGCUCCGAGAUCAAAGACUCCAUAGUGUGAUGUGGGUGGCGACUGGCGUAGUAAUGUAAGGAGGAAGUGACUGACAAAAGCAGUGGUGACUGAUGGGAAAUGGUGUUCUUUUAAUCCUUUAAAAGAACACUCCAGACAUGGGAACACUUAAAGGGUAAUGUCCUGAACUCACCGCAGUGGGACUCCUCAUCUGUGUUUCGUCUUUUGCUUUUUUUUUGUUGUUGGAAGAAAAACUUUUUUGCACUUGGUCCCAUGGAAAAGGUCCUCAUUUAGGUCUUGUGGUCCUGUGCACAUUUCCCUACGUCAGCUACAACCAGCGCUCCCAUAGUUCCUACAGUGAGGCUUAAGGGGCAGAAGAAAAAAAAAAAAGGUGUUUGGUCAGAAUCCAUGCCAAGGUGUCCAGAACGUCCAGUGCGUUUCGGCCAACCUGAUGAUGUAUUCCACUGAGCUGACACGGAGGGCGCCAAAGAGGCCUCCUUGAAGAAGUCCGUCCAAAAACGAUCCGCUCGCUCACAUCAUCUCGGAAGCUGCUGAGCAGAGGCCUCCAGGGGCUCGCCAUAGUGGGGCAUGCGCCUUCAUUCCACCUGGUGUUGCCCUCGUCCCAAUUUCACCAGCACUCCCGCUGACGUGGUCCCUUGUUACGAUGCAACCAGAGGACUCCCAUAGAGGUAGAGAGAGAGGGCAGAACUCACGAAUGUACUCCACAGCAGACUUGCAGUCCAUUUAAAAUGACUGGUACUCUAAGACUGUACAAACUCUACAGGCUCCAUGUGGUGAACAGACAGGGGUUUGGACAGAGUAUAGGGGACAGACAAUGUCUUUGGGAUAUGAGCACUGUCAAUGCCAAGGUAUUAGAAGAUAUGUUGCCUUUAUUGAAAUUUGAGUAAAUAUGAGUUUAAGAGGUUUAUGAUCCUAUAUACAUACAAUAAUAAUGUGACAUCACUAAGUGGCAGUAUACUAUGCAAAGCAUAUAAAAUAAUGUGAAACAGAAAGUCAUCAGGACACUUAGCUCACACAUCCAUCUGGGUGGCAGCCUACACCUCAAAACUAUCAGCCUAACACCUCAAAACUCUGUUUCACACUCAUGCAAUCAUGUAUGGGAGCGAUAACGAGCCCAGUGUGCAUCCAGCACUCCAAGCAUACAUUACCCAUGAUGCAAAGCAGCAGCGGGGCACAAAAUCAUACACAGGGACCAUCGGGGCUCAGUGAAACAGCGAGUAAGAGAGUGUGUUCAGCAUGUGGGAAGCUGAACUGUCAGCAGGUCAGUGACUGAUACACCCAGCAGAGAUGACCAACAUCCUUCUGUGUUUGUUUACAUUACCAAAAAAUUAUUGUAUGUUGUAUGUGCCAAAACAAACAAACAAACAAAACAACAUUAAUCAAAUAAUAGCAACAAAUAAAAGAUAUCCUGUUGCAUAUAUGUAACAUGGUUCAUGGCACAAUCAAUUUAACAUUAGGGACCUACGGACACACAUUUUUGUCCAUCUGAGCAACAUUAGUAGAAACUAAUACAAAUUUGCCUAAGAAAGUGUUUAUGAGCACAAGAGUUUACCAGCAUACAUUAAAUGGUCAGAAAGUAGGAGAGAAUAGACAUCCAUUAAUUAGACUAUCUAGCUGUAUGUGGGCUGUAUGAGAAACAGUUCAUUUUAGAUAUGAACACAGACUAUGUUUGGACCAGUGAAUGAAUGAUCAUGCAAGCAGGCGGAACCACAGUGAAGUAAAAUCUACCUAAAUACUGUAUCAACACACAAAAAAGACUAAAUGUGUUGCCCAACCACACCUCUCUGGGUUCUGUGUAUUAUGUGUUCUGUAAGCAUAAUUUUAAAACUCCAUAGCUUGACAGGGGUACUGUUGUCUCAGUUUCAUACCCACUACCUUAAUGAUUCAUGACAAUGUGACCUAAAAGAAAUAUAUCUAUAUAUAUAUAUAAAUGCAUUUCAUUUAUUUCCAAAGAUAAAACUAUUCUGAACCAUAUGACGCACCGUCAUGUAGUGAAAAUUUUGUGAAAUUGUUGCCAGUUUUUUUUUUGCAACAGCAGCAGCAGCAAAUGCAAAUAUUGUUAUGGUGGAAUGUAGUGACACACUCAUUGAAAGUAUUCCAAAAUAUCUUUAAGUAAAACAUUUAGUGUCUUAUUUAAAUAUAGUCUAGCAAUUGUAUAAGGUAUUUUUCAUUUCAUUUCGUCAGACAAAGUAGCUGAGCAAAAGGCAUACUGCUAACAGGCUGUAAUGGGAAAGAUGUGUAUAUAUGUACAUUCUAACUGUGUUUGUGGGGACUGUUGUAAAUGGAAGGUUUCUGUAGUGUAGGGGCAGACAGACAGCACAAAGCUGCUUUAACCCACAAUGCAUUGUUUUUUGCACAGAAUGUUGGGAAGCCUUAGUUGGGAAUGUUUUUUAUUUUAUUUAUUUUGUUAUUUUACAGUUCUGUAGCAGGUUCUUGUCAUGUUUUCUUUUUGAAGAUGCCUUCAAGCAACAUUUUAUGACUCCAAGGUUGUUAACGGACAUCAAAUAAUGUGCUUCUAGCCUUGUGACAACAUGAUCAGGUUAACCAAAUAGCAGCCUUGUCAACUGCAUGCUAUUUCGUGGUAGAUCAAAAAUGUCAUUCAGGCUCACUCAAAGAUUAUGAAAUCAAUAUAUUUGAUUCAAUGCCUUUCAUUUGUGGCCAGUAACUGCACAAUAGAACCAAUAAAAAGCUAAAUGUGUUGAUUUUAUCAUUUUAAAAGCAGAUUAUUGUCGUAAACCACUGUAAAUUGGAAGGCUGUCUGUGCAACAGUCCACCACUGGUUAUGUAUGUACUGUGCAUAAAAAACGGUCUAUCUAGAGUUCUAUACCCCAUAUACUAAGUACUGCAAAUACACAUACUGUACCUGUAUUCAUUAAUCACACACACACACACACACACAAUGGUGCAUGCACUCUCACACACAGAGAAGCAUGCACACCCACACACACACACACACACACACACACACACACACACACACAUAUUUGAAGCACAAAGAAUCCAUGACUAACAUAUAUUUUUCUGUCUUCUUUUUUACAUUUGUCUUUCAUUUGCGAUUUAAAAUGUGCAUAGGUACAUAAAACAACCUGUGGUUAUUAUAAAGAAAAUUGGCUUUUACCUGCUCAUCCACUGACAAACAAUGCCGUACAAAAGUAGUUAUAAUAUUCAGACGACUCAGAGCAGAUUUUAUUGUUUAUCCACACACGCUGCAUUGUACUUCAGUGACAGACUUAUGUUUUUAUGGGACUGUAGUGAGGUCUUUGAUCUCCUUGAGUUAAGCAGAGGAGGCUGCUGGCCCUCCUCCCAGGUGCAGAGGCACUCCAGAGUCAUGGCAACAGUGUGCCAAGUCUGUCAGACUCAUUGUUGACAUUGUGUAAACUUUUAUGUAAAGGUGUAUUUGUAAAUGGAGCUGCCAUUGUACAAAAAGCUGUUGUGAAAUGUAUUUUUAUGUAUUAUACAUCACUACUGUUUCUGUUGUUUUAUUAUACUGUACAUAAAAAGCACUUUAUUUUAAUUUUCUAAAAUAAAACAGAUAAAAUAUA